UGGCCAUCUAUUUAAUGGGCUAAUGUAAUUAGAGGCUGUAAGUCACCUUCUGAUUAACAGUUGGAAAUAAACUUCCCCGUGAUUCUCCACAAUGGCAGCAACGUACAGACUUGUUGUUAGCACAGUAAACUCUUACAAUAGCAUUUUAAUUGAUCAACGUUUCCAGCAUACUGUACAUUACUGUAAUGGGUCCUGCCAAGCCUUCCUGAAUGCUGCUGGCAUUGACUGCAAUGUGGUCCACCAUGCCACCUGUUCAGAGCUGCUGAGUCAGUCACCCCUUCCCUUGUCAAACCCAAGAUUGCUAGGUGUGCAGGAUUUGACCCAUAGGUUUCUAACUGCUGAAAGCAUGGCAACUUCUGCUGAUAUCACUACUGAUGAUGGGCACCAGCUUCUGCCUGGUGCUACCAAGGUCAAAAAGGGAAUGGCUACACAAGGUAUAUCCAAUCUAAAAGACAUCACCAGUGAUGCCAUCAAUCUGGCCAGUGGCAAAAUUAAAGAGUUUUCAUUUGAAAAACUUAAAUGUCCCACGAGCCACGUGACCUUCAGGAAAGGAAGGAAAGUAAAACCAGAUGUGGCCAGCAGAAAAUCUGCUGACUUUGAUCUGAUAUACAACCACAUUGGUAGCAAUGAAAACUGUCCACCUUUUGGCUUUGCACAGAAAUCAGCCAUUGAGCAAAAAGAGGCAAACUUUAUGACAUUACAUGAACAAAAUGUCACCAAUGCCACGCAAUUAUACCUUCAAAGCCUCACAGAAGACAACUUCAUCGCCAAGUUUUUAGGAAAACACAAAGCAGAUAGUUCAGAUUCAGGAGAGGACAUAAGGAUUUGCUUAGAUAUUUUGUUGAAAUGCUCAGAAGACCUAAAAAAAUGUACAGAAAUAAUUAAGCAAUGCAUUAAGAGCAAAUCCCAUAGUAAUGAUAACAGCGAUGCCACCAAUAAUUCCGAUCUAAUCUACAAAAAUGUAAUGGCACGACUCUCAAGCUAUCUGAAGAAGUUGCCUUUUGAACUUGAACAUGGGUUAUCUGGACGGGGCAAUCAGCAUGAUCUUGCUGAACUGGUAAACAGCUUACACAGUUUGCAGCAAAUGCCAUAUCCUCCGUUUGGGAAUGAUCAACCACCCAGAUAUGAGGAUGUUGUCCAGGCAUCACCAUCCCUAUCUAUCAAUCUACCUCUUCCUCCAGUGGACACUCCAGUUGUCCAUAAAGCUACCAGUGGCAAUGGUAUGGUACCUUUGGAAAAUGUUAAUGGUCCUUCAUAUGAUGGCCAUCUUCAAGAGAAUGGUAUCCAGCAACAUAACUCAACUGCUGUAACUCAAUCCCGAGUACUACCUCAUAUAAGUCCACUAAAUCACUCUGACAGUUGUUCCUCUCAAGAUUUAUUUCUGUCCAGGAAUGUUGAUGGUAUUUCGAAGAUACCUAUGGAGCCUCUUUAUAUUCAAGAAGAUUGUGACAUUGAUCAGGUUUUGGAGCAGAAAUCAAAAGGCAAAGAUUAUUUCAACUUUCGAAUGACUGAAAAAUAUCUUCAGCCUCAAAAAGAGGCCUCUCCUGCUGACACUUGCAAGAGAGCAGGAGCUGAUACCAUUGGAACUGGAGAUAAUUUGGGAGAAAGUAGACUGUGUGUGCAGCCAACUUCUGAAUCUCCUAGCUUUUUCAAAAACCUAAGUAAAAACCAUAACUCCAUGGAGCCUUCAAUAACAAGAACAAAAACUAAAUUAGAAAAUGAUAAAGUAAUGCAACAAGAAGACAUCGAAAAGCUACUGAUGGAUUUAGAAUCAUUUUCUCAAACCAUAAACUCCAGGCAGGAAUAUGAUUCUUCCAGAAACAAUGAUAUAGACUUGAAGACUUACAGUGAACGAUCAGGACAAGUUAAUUUCUCGACCUCUGAGUCAGGAAGUAAACACGUAGAAGUGUCACCCAGUGAAACUGUGUCAUUGCCUUCUUCCACAAAUGGAACUAAUGGAACGAGAAAUAACAAAAAUGAAGAGGAUGAUGCAGCCUUGCUGUUACGCAUCUUGGAGAGUAUUGAGGGUUUUGCUCAGGAGCUGGUUGAACGUGGGAGUAGUAAGGGUAUCUUGGCAAGAGAAACAGAAGUAAUGCGGAUACUCCAAGGCACACUAUCACAGGCUUCUGAGUCUUGCAAAUCUGCACACUCCAUACCGCCUGUUGUAGAUAAAGAUACAGGCUCACACCUCUCAGUUCAACAGACACCAGAGGUAAUCAAGGUCCAAAGCAGUAAAGAAAAGAAACCUGGAACUCCACCCCCUACUGUGACAAAUAUUGCUCCCAGUCCUCCCCCUUCAAAUAAAGUUGUUGUCAGCACUCCUGUAUCCAUAAACAUUCCACGCUUCUACUUCCCGAAAGGACUUCCAAGUGCUACUAACAACCACGACGAGACCAUUUCCAAGGUUCAAGCAGCCUUUGCCGAACUUGAGGAUGAGAAAGCUGAUAUUUAUGAAAUGGGCAAAAUCACAAAGGCAUGCGCCUGUCCUUUGUACUGGAAAGCCCCCAUGUUCAUUUCUGCUGGUGGAGAACGGACAGGAUUUGUGUCUGUACGCUCUUUUGUAACAAUGUGGAGAAAAGUACUGCAGAACUACUAUGAUGAUGCAUCUAAGUUUGUUUAUCUUCUUGCCAAACCAGGCUGUAACUAUCUAGAACAGGAAGACUUCAUCCCACUGCUGCAGGAUAUCGUGGAUACACAUCCAGGUCUAACGUUUUUAAAGGAUGCACCAGAAUUCCAUUCACGCUACAUUACCACGGUCAUACAGAGAAUAUUCUACACAGUCAACAGAUCCUGGUCUGGCAAGAUAACUCUGACAGAGCUGAGGAAAAGCAACUUCCUACAAACUCUCGCCCUUUUGGAGGAAGAAGAUGAUAUAAACCAAAUUACAGACUACUUCUCCUAUGAACAUUUCUAUGUUAUUUACUGUAAGUUCUGGGAACUAGACACUGACCAUGACCUCUUCAUUGACCAGAAGGACUUGGCCAGACACAAUGACCAUGCUAUCUCGAAUAGAAUUAUUGAAAGGAUAUUCUCUGGAGCAGUCACAAGGGGUAACUGUGUGCAGAAGGAAGGUCGGAUGAGCUAUGCUGACUUUGUCUGGUUUCUGCUUUCUGAAGAAGAUAAGAAGAAUCCCACCAGCAUGGAAUACUGGUUUCGAGCCAUGGACAUCGAUGGGGAUGGCAUAGUUUCAAUGUAUGAGCUUGAGUACUUCUAUGAAGAGCAAUGUGAACGCAUGGAGGGAAUGGGCAUUGAACCAUUGCCAUUCCAUGACCUCCUCUGUCAACUGCUGGAUUUAGUGAAACCCGAAUGUGAAGGUAAAAUAACCAUGCGGGAUCUAAAGAGAUGCAGAAUGGCUCAUAUUUUUUAUGACACUUGUUUCAACUUGGAGAAAUACCUGGACCAUGAGCAGAGGGAUCCAUUUGCUGUACAGAAGGAUAUUGAGAGUGAUGGCCCGGAACCUUCCGACUGGGACAAGUAUGCAGCCGAAGAAUAUGAGAUUUUGGUUGCUGAGGAAUCAGCCAAUGAACAGUUACAGGAAGGCUCAUUUGAGGAAGACUACGAAUCAGAUGAACUAUCUACCCCAGAGCUCAGCAACAAGAUGGACAAACUUGUCAUUUCUGACCUUCCGACAUAAAUUCAAAGCUAGCUCAGCUGCUGGACAGUCAGAGUGACCAGUAGACACCAACUUUAAGGACUGACCAUUGCCUGGUCAGACAUGUAGAGAAAAUAAAUUGUUUAUAUUGUUGUUUUUGUUGAAGAGAUUAUGCUAGAUUUUAUAU